UUUGUGAACAUGAAUUGCCCGAUUCUUUCAUUGGGCCCUGGCUUCUUGCUUCAUGUCAUUGAAAUGUUGAUCUUUGCCUGUUUUGCUUUGAUAUCCUUGGCGAACUCACGAGGUCUUUUCCCAAGGCUGGAGAAUGUGGGAGCUUUCAAGAAUGUUUCAAUUGUGCCAACGCAAGCAGUAUGUGGACUCCCCGACCAAAGCACUUUUUGUCAUAGCUCUGCUGCUGCUGAAAGUAUUCAGUUCUGUACCCAGCGGUUUUGCAUUCAGGAUUGCCCAUACAGAUCUUCACACCCUACCUACACUGCCCUUCUCUCAGCAGGCCUCAGUAGCUGCAUCACACCAGACAAGAAUGAUCUGUGUCCGAACUCCCAUAGCAAUUCUACAAGUUUUAUUUUUGGAAAUCACAAGAACUGCUUUUCUUCUCCUCCUUCUCCAAGGCUGGUGGCAUCAUUCACCUUAGCUGUGUGGUUGAAACCUGAGCAACAAGGUGUAAUGUGUGUUAUAGAAAAGACAGUAGAUGGGCAGAUUGUGUUGAAACUUACAAUAUCUGAGAAAGAGACCGUGUUUUAUUAUCGCACAGUAAAUGGUUUGCAGCCUCCAAUAAAAGUAAUGACACUGGGGAGAAUUCUUGUGAAGAAAUGGAUUCAUCUUAGUGUGCAGGUGCAUCAGACAAAAAUCAGCUUCUUUAUCAAUGGCUUGGAGAAGGAUCAUACACCUUUCAUUACAAGAACUCUAAGUGGUUCCAUUACAGAUUUUGCGUCUGGUACUGUGCAAAUAGGACAAAGUUUAAAUGGUUUAGAACAGUUUGUUGGGAGAAUGCAGGAUUUUCGAUUAUACCAAGUGGCACUUGCAAACAGAGAGAUUCUGGAAGUUUUUUCUGGUGAUCUUCUCAGAUUGCAUGUCCAGUCACAUUGCCGCUGCCCUGGCAGUCACCCACGGGUCUACCCUUUGGCACAGCGGUACUGCAUUCCUAAUGAUGCCGGAGACACAGCUGAUAAUAGAGUGUCACGGUUGAAUCCCGAAGCCCAUCCUCUUUCUUUUGUCAAUGAUAAUGAUGUUGGUACUUCAUGGGUUUCAAACGUGUUUACAAACAUGACACAGCUUAAUCAAGGAGUGACGAUUUCAGUUGAUUUGGAAAAUGGACAAUAUCAGGUGUUUUAUAUUAUCAUUCAGUUCUUUAGUCUACAACCAACGGAAAUAAGGAUUCAAAGGAAGAAGGAAAACAGUUUAGAUUGGGAGGACUGGCAAUAUUUUGCCAGAAAUUGUGGUGCUUUUGGAAUGAAAAACAAUGGAGAUUUGGAAAAACCUGAUUCUGUCAACUGUCUGCAGCUUUCCAAUUUUACUCCAUAUUCCCGUGGCAAUGUCACUUUUAGCAUCCUGACACCUGGACCAAAUUAUCGUCCUGGAUACAAUGACUUCUAUAAUACCCCAUCUCUUCAAGAGUUCGUAAAAGCCACGCAAAUAAGGUUUCAUUUUCAUGGACAGUACUACACAACUGAGACUGCCGUCAACCUCAGACACAGAUAUUAUGCAGUGGAUGAAAUCACCAUUAGUGGGAGAUGUCAGUGCCAUGGUCAUGCCAAUAACUGCGACACGACAAGCCAGCCAUAUAGGUGCCUCUGCUCCCAGGACAGCUUCACUGAAGGACUUUACUGUGAUCACUGCUUGCCUCUUUAUAAUGACAAGCCCUUCCGCCAAGGUGAUCAAGUUCACGCUUUCAAUUGUAAACCUUGUCAAUGCAACAGACAUUCCAAAAGCUGCCAUUACAACGUCUCUGUGGACCCAUUUCCUUUUGAGCACUUUAGAGGGGGAGGAGGAGUUUGUGAUGAUUGUGAGCAUAAUACUACAGGAAGGAACUGUGAGCUGUGCAAGGAUUUGUUUUUCCGACAAGUUGGUGCAGAUCCUUCAGCCAUAGAUGUUUGCAAAUCCUGUGACUGUGAUAAAGUUGGCACUAGAAAUGGUAGCAUUCUUUGCGAUCAGAUUGGAGGCCAGUGUAAUUGUAAGAGACAUGUGUCUGGCAGACAGUGCAAUCAGUGCCAGAAUGGAUUCUACAGUCUACAAGAGUUAGAUCCUGAUGGCUGCAGUCCGUGUAACUGCAAUACCUCUGGGACAGUGGAUGGAGAUAUUACCUGUCACCAAAAUUCAGGCCAGUGCAAGUGCAAAGCAAACGUUAUUGGGCUUAGGUGUGAUCGUUGUAAUUUUGGAUUUAAAUUUCUCCGAAGCUUUAAUGAUGAUGGAUGUGAGCCCUGCCAGUGUAACCUCCAUGGCUCAGUGAACAAAUUCUGCAAUCCUCUGUCUGGGCAGUGUGAGUGCAAAAAAGAAGCCAAAGGACUUCAGUGUGACACCUGCAGAGAAAACUUUUACGGGUUAGAUGUCACCAAUUGUAAGGCCUGUGACUGUGACACAGCUGGAUCCCUCCCUGGGACUGUCUGUAAUGCUAAGACAGGGCAGUGCAUCUGUAAGCCCAAUGUUGGAGGGAGACAGUGCAAUACAUGUUUGGAGAGAAACUUCUACCUACGGCAGAAUAAUUCCUUCCUCUGUCUGCCUUGUAACUGUGAUAAGACUGGGACAAUAAAUGGCUCUCUGCUGUGUGACAAAUCAACAGGACAAUGUCCUUGCAAAUUAGGGGUGACAGGUCUUCGCUGUAAUCAGUGUGAGCCUCACAGGUACAAUUUGACCAUAGACAAUUUUCAAAGCUGCCAGAUGUGUGAGUGUGAUUCCUUGGGGACAUUACCUGGGACCAUUUGUGACCCAAUCAGUGGCCAGUGCCUGUGUGUGCCUAAUCGUCAAGGAAGAAGGUGUCAUCAGUGUCAACCAGGUUUUUAUAUUUCUCCAGGCAAUGCCACUGGCUGCCUGCCAUGCUCAUGCCAUACAGCUGGUGCAGUUAAUCACAUCUGUAAUAGCCUGACUGGUCAGUGUGUUUGCCAAGAUGCUUCCACUGCUGGGCAACAUUGUGACCAAUGCAAAGACCGUUACUUUGGAUUUGAUCCUCAGACUGGAAGAUGUCAGCCAUGUAAUUGUCAUCUCUCAGGAGCCUUGAAUGAAACCUGCCACUUGGUCACAGGCCAGUGUUUCUGUAAACAAUUUGUCACUGGCUCAAAGUGUGAUGCCUGUGUUCCCGGUGCAAGCCACUUGGAUGUCAACAAUCUAUUGGGUUGCAGCAAAACUCCAUUCCAGCAACCUCCACCCAGAGGACAAGUUCAAAGUUCUUCUGCUAUCAAUCUCUCCUGGAGUCCACCUGAUUCUCCAAAUGCCCACUGGCUCACUUACAGUUUACUCAGGGAUGAUUUUGAAAUCUACACAACAGAGGAUCAAUACCCAUACAGUAUUCAAUACUUCUUAGACACUGACCUGUUACCAUAUACCAAAUAUUCCUAUUACAUCGAGACCACCAAUGUGCAUGGUUCAACAAGGAGUGUAGCUGUCACUUACAGGACAAAACCAGGAGUCCCAGAGGGAAACUUGACUUUAAGUUAUAUCCUUCCUAUUGGCCCAGACUCUGUGGCACUGACCUGGACAACACUCUCAAAUCUAUCUGGGCCUAUAGAGAAAUAUAUUUUGUCCUGUGUCCCUUUGACUGGUGGUCAGCCAUGCGUUUCCUACGAAGGUCAUGAAACCUCAGCUACCAUCUGGAAUCUGGUUCCAUUCACCAAGUACUAUUUUUCUGUACAAGCGUGUACUAGCGGGGGCUGUUUACACAGCUUGCCUAUUACAGUGACCACAGCCCAGGCCCCUCCCCAAAGACUAAGCCCACCUAAGGUGCAGACAGUCAGUUCUACAGAACUUCACGUAGAAUGGUCUCCACCAAUGGAACUAAAUGGAAUAAUUAUAAGGUAUGAACUAUACAUGAGAAGAUUGAGAUCUACUAAAGAAACCACAUCUGAGGAAAGUCGAGUUUUUCAGAGCAGUGGUUGGCUCAGUCCUCAUUCAUUUGCAGAAUCGUCCAAUGAAAAUGCAUUAAAACCUCCUCAAACAACUACAACCAUCACUGGCUUGGAGCCAUACACCAAGUAUGAGUUUAGAGUCUUAGCUGUGAAUAUGGCCGGAAGCGUGUCUUCUGCUUGGGUCUCAGAAAGAACGGGAGAAUCAGCACCUGUAUUCAUGAGCCCUCCUUCAGUCAUUCCCCUGUCUUCGUACUCUCUCAAUAUCUCCUGGGAGAAGCCAGCAGAUAAUGUUACAAGAGGAAAAGUUGUGGGUUAUGACAUCAAUAUGAUUUCUAAACAAUCGCCUCAACAAUCUAUUCCAGUGGUGUUUUCACAGCUGUUGCACACUGCUAAAUCCCAAGAACUAUCUUACACUGUAGAAGGACUGAAACCUUACAGGAUAUAUGACUUUACUAUUACUCUCUGCAAUUCAGUUGGUUGUGUGACCAGUGCUUCAGGAGCAGGACAAACGUUAGCGGCAGCACCAGCCCAACUGAGGCCUCCUCUGGUUAAAGGAAUCAACAGCACGACAGUCCAUCUUAGGUGGUUUCCACCUGAGGAACUGAAUGGACCCUCUCCUGUGUAUCAGCUGGAAAGGAGAGAGUCAUCUCUACCAGCUUUGAUGACCACAAUGAUGAUGAAAGGAAUUCGCUUCACAGGAAAUGGGUAUUGCAAGUUUCCCAGCUCCACUCACCCAGUCAAUACAGACUUUACUGGCAUUAAGGCCAGCUUUCGAACAAAGGUGCCUGAAGGUUCGAUUGUCUUUGCAGCAUCACCUGGCAAUCAGGAAGAGUAUUUUGCACUUCAGUUGAAGAACGGACGUCUUUAUUUUCUUUUUGAUCCUCAGGGGUCACCAGUGGAAGUAACUACAACUAAUGAUCAUGGUAAACAAUAUAGUGAUGGCAAAUGGCAUGAAAUAAUUGCUAUUAGGCAUCAGGCUUUUGGCCAAAUCACUGUGGAUGGGAUAUAUACAGGUUCCUCUGCCACGCUGAAUGGUAGUACCGUUAUUGGAGAUAACACAGGAGUGUUUCUGGGAGGGCUGCCUCAAAGUUACACCAUCCUUAGGAAGGAUUCUGAGAUAAUCCAAAAGGGUUUUGUGGGCUGUCUCAAGGAUGUACAUUUUAUGAAGAAUUACAGUCCGUCGGCUAUUUGGGAACCUCUGGAUUGGCAGAGCUCUGAAGAACAAAUCAACGUGUAUAACAGCUGGGAGGGAUGCCCUGCUUCAUUAAAUGAGGGAGCUCAGUUCCUAGGAGCAGGGUUCCUGGAACUUCAUCCACAUGUGUUUCAUGGUGGAAUGAACUUUGAGAUUUCCUUGAAGUUCAGAACUGACCAAUUAAAUGGAUUGCUUCUUUUCAUUUACAACAAAGAUGGACCUGAUUUUCUUGCUAUGGAACUGAAAAGUGGAAUAUUGAGCUUCCGGUUAAAUACCAGUCUUGCCUUUACACAAGUGGAUCUAUUACUGGAACUAUCCUAUUGUGAUGGAAAGUGGAAUAAAGUCAUUGUUAAAAAGGAAGGCUCUUUCAUAUCAGCAAGUAUGAAUGGACUGAUGAAGCAUGCAUCAGAGUCUGGCGCCCAGCCACUGGUGGUGAAUUCACCCGUUUAUGUGGGAGGAAUCCCACAGGAGCUACGCAACUCUUAUCAACAUUUGUGUUUGGAACAAGGUUUCGGUGGUUGCAUGAAGGAUGUUAAAUUUACACGGGGUGCUGUCGUUAACUUGGCAUCUGUGUCCAGCGGUGCUGUCAGAGUCAAUCUGGAUGGAUGCCUAUCAACUGACAGUGCUGUUAACUGCAGGGGAAAUGACUCCAUCCUGGUUUACCAGGGAAAAGAGCAGAGUGUUUAUGAGGGUGGUCUCCAGCCUUUUGCAGAAUACCUGUAUCGGGUGACAGCCUCGCAUGAAGGAGGCUCAGUGUAUAGUGAUUGGAGUCGAGGACGUACGAAAGGAGCAGCUCCACAAAGUGUGCCAACUCCCUCAAGAGUCCACAGCUUAAAUGGAUACAGCAUUGAGGUGACCUGGGAUGAACCUGUUGUCAGAGGUGUAAUUGAGAAGUACAUCCUGAAAGCCUACAGUGAGGACAACACCCGUCCACCCCACAUGCCCUCUGCCACUGCUGAAUUUGUCAAUACAAGCACCCUCACAGGCAUAUUGACAGGCUUGCUACCCUUCAAAAACUAUGCAGUAACCCUAACUGCUUGCACUUUGGCUGGCUGUACUGAGAGCUCACAUGCAUUGAACAUCUCUACUCCACAAGAAGCCCCACAAGAGGUUCAGCCACCAGUAGCCAAAUCCCUUCCCAAUUCUUUGCUACUCUCCUGGAACCCACCCAAAAAAGCAAAUGGUAUUAUAACUCAGUACUCUUUAUACAUGGAUGGGAGGCUGAUCUAUUCAGGCGAUGAAGAGAACUACACGGUCACAGAUUUAGCAGUGUUUACACCCCACCAGUUUCUACUCAGUGCAUGCACACAUGUGGGCUGUACAAACAGUUCCUGGGUCCUACUGUACACAGCACAGCUGCCACCAGAACAUGUCGAUUCCCCAAUUCUGACUGUCCUGGAUUCUAGAACUAUAUAUGUACAGUGGAAACAACCAAGAAAAAUAAGUGGGAUUCUGGAACGCUAUAUAUUAUAUAUUUCAAAUCAAACACAUGAUUUUACAAUUUGGAGUGUCAUUUAUAACAGUACAGAACUUUUCCAGGAUCAUAUGCUACAGUACCUUGUACCUGGUAGUAAAUAUCUCAUCAAGCUGGGAGCUUGCACAGGUGGUGGAUGCACAGUGAGUGAAGCCAGUGAGGCCCUAACUGACGAGGACAUACCUGAAGGCGUGCCAGCCCCCAAAGCCCACUCGUAUUCACCUGACUCCUUUAAUGUCUCCUGGACUGAUCCUGAAUAUCCGAAUGGUGUUAUCACGAGUUAUGGAUUAUAUCUGGAUGGUGUAUUAAUCCACAAUUCCUCAGAAAUCAGCUGUCAAGCUUAUGGAUUUGCUCCUUGGAGCUUACAUUCCUUCAGAGUCCAAGCAUGCACGGCCAAAGGUUGUGCUCUGGGCCCACUGGUGGAAAAUCGAACUCUAGAAGCUCCUCCCGAAGGAACAGUAAACGUGUUUGUCAAAACACAGGGAUCCCGGAAAGCCCACGUGAGGUGGGAAGCACCUUUUCGCCCUAAUGGACGCUUGAUAUACUCAGUCCUUUUCACUGGGAUGUUCUAUGUAGAUCCAGCAGGUAAUAACUACACCCUUCUGAAUGUCACAAAAGUUAUGUACAGCGGAGAAGAGACAAACUUUUGGGUGCUCAUCGAUGGGCUGGUUCCUUUUACCAACUACACUGUACAAGUCAAUAUUUCAAAUAGCCAAGGCAGCUUGAUCUCCAAUCCUAUAAUGAUCGCAAUGCCUCCAGGAACUCCAGAUGGCGUGCUGCCUCCCAGGCUUUCAUCUGCCACUCCAACCAGUCUUCAGGUUGUCUGGUCUACACCAGCUCGUAAUAACGCUCCUGGCUCUCCCAGAUACCAACUCCAGAUGAGGCCUGGCGACUCCACCCAUGGAUUUCUAGAGUUAUUUUCCAAUCCUUCUGCAUCGUUAAGCUAUGAAGUGAGAGAUCUCCAACCGUACACAGAGUAUAUGUUUCGGUUGGUUGCCUCCAAUGGAUUUGGCAGUGCACAUAGUUCUUGGAUUCCAUUCAUGACUGCAGAGGACAAACCCGGACCGGUAGUUCCUCCAGUUCUUCUAGAUGUGAAGUCAAGAAUGGUAUUGGUCACCUGGCAGCAUCCUAGAAAGUGCAAUGGGGUUAUUACCCAUUAUAACAUUUAUCAACAUGGCCAUCUAUACUUGAGAACUCCUGGAAAUGUCACUAAUUGCACAGUGACACAUUUGCACCCAUAUACUGCCUAUAAGUUUCAGGUAGAAGCCUGCACUUCAAAAGGAUGUUCCCUUUCGCCAGAGUCUCAGACCGUAUGGACACUCCCAGAGGCACCAGAAGGGAUUCCAAAUCCAGAGCUGUUCUCUGAUACUCCAACAUCUGUAAUUAUAUCUUGGCAACCCCCUACCCACCCCAAUGGCUUGGUGGAGAAUUUCACAGUUGAGAGAAGAGUCAAAGGAAAGGAAGAAGUUACUACCCUGGUGACUCUCCCAAGGAGUCAUUCCAUGAGGUUUAUUGAUAAGACUUCUGCUCUUAGCCCAUGGACAAAGUAUGAAUAUCGGGUACUGAUGAGCACUCUUCAUGGAGGUACAAACAGCAGUGCUUGGGUAGAAGUUACCACAAGACCCUCACGACCUGCUGGGGUGCAGCCACCUGUGGUGACGGUGCUGGGACCCGAUGCAGCCCAGGUCACUUGGAAACCCCCACUAAUCCAGAACGGAGACAUACUUAGUUAUGAGAUUCGCAUGCCUGACCCUCACAUCACGAUAACCAAUGUGAAUUCCACAGUAUUAAGUCAAAAAGUUACUCAUUUGAUUCCUUUCACUAAUUAUUCUGUCACCAUUGUUGCUUGCUCAGGGGGUAAUGGGUACCUUGGAGGGUGCACAGAGAGUUUACCUACCUAUGUUACCACCCACCCCACCAUACCUCAGAAUGUUGGCCCAUUGUCAGUGAUUCCAGUAAGUGAAUCAUAUGUUGUGAUUUCUUGGCAACCACCAUCCAAGCCAAAUGGACCGAAUUUGAGAUAUGAGCUUCUGAGACGUAAAAUCCAGCAACCACUUGCAUCAAAUCCCCCAGAAGAUUUAAAUCGGUGGCACAAUAUUUAUUCAGGAACUCAGUGGUUUUAUGAAGAUAAGGGUCUUAGCAGGUUUACAACCUAUGAAUAUAUGCUCUUCGUACACAACAGUGUGGGUUUUACACCGAGCCAAGAAGUGACCGUGACGACGUUAGCUGGUCUUCCAGAGAGAGGAACCAAUCUCACUGUGAGUGUUCUUAACCACACAGCCAUCGACGUGAGGUGGGCUAAACCAACUUUUCAAGACCUACAAGGUGAAGUUGAAUAUUAUACACUUUUUUGGAGUUCUGCUACCUCAAAUGAGUCUCUAAAGAUCUUGCCCGAUGUGAACUCUCAUGUCAUUGGACACCUAAAGCCAAACACAGAGUAUUGGAUCUUUAUCUCUGUCUUCAAUGGAGUCCACAGCAUCAACAGUGCAGGACUUCAUGCAACCACUGAUGAUGGCGAGCCUCAGGGCGUGCUUCCUCCAGAGGUUGUCAUCAUCAACAGUACAGCUGUACGUGUCAUCUGGACAUCUCCUUCAAACCCAAAUGGUGUUGUCACUGAGUAUUCUAUCUAUGUAAAUAAUAAGCUCUACAAGACUGGAAUGAAUGUGCCUGGGUCGUUUAUUCUGAGAGACCUGUCUCCCCUCACUAUCUAUGACAUUCAGGUUGAAGUCUGCACAAUAUAUGCCUGUGUGAAAAGCAAUGGAACCCAAAUCACCACUGUGGAAGAUACUCCAAGUGAUAUACCAACACCUACAAUUCGUGGCAUCACUUCAAGAUCUCUUCAAAUUGAUUGGGAAUCUCCAGGGAAGCCAAAUGGCAUCAUUCUUGGAUAUGAUCUCCUAUGGAAAACAUGGUAUCCAUGCCCUAAAACUCAGAAAUUAAUGCAGGACCACAGUGAUGAGCUCUGCAAGGCAGUGAGGUGUCAAAAACCUGAAUAUAUCUGUGGACACAUUUGCUAUUCUCCUGAAGCUAAGGUUUGUUGUAACGGCGUGCUCUAUAACCCCAAGCCUGGCCACCACUGUUGUGAAGAAAAGUAUAUCCCGUUCUUUGUAAAUUCUACCGGAGUUUGUUGUGGUGGCCGAAUACAAGAGGCACAACCAGAUCAUCAGUGCUGCUCUGGAUACUAUGCUAGAAUUCUACCAGGUGAAGUAUGCUGUCCAGAUGAACAGCACAAUCGGGUUUCUGUUGGCAUUGGUGACUCCUGCUGUGGCAGAAUGCCGUACUCCACCUCAGGAAAGCAGAUUUGCUGUGCUGGGAGGCUUCACGAUGGCCAUGGCCAGCAGUGCUGUGGCGGACAGAUUGUGAGCAAAGAUUUAGAGUGUUGUGGUGGAGAAGAAGGAGUGGUGUACAAUCGCCUUCCAGGCAUGUUCUGUUGUGGGCAGGAUUAUGUGAAUAUGUCAGAUACCAUAUGCUGCUCAGCUUCCAGUGGAGAGUCUAAAGCACAUGUUAAAAAGAAUGACCCAGUGCCAGUAAAAUGCUGUGAGACUGAACUUAUUCCAAAGAGCCAGAAAUGCUGUAAUGGAGUUGGAUAUAAUCCUUUGAAAUAUGUUUGCUCUGACAAGAUUUCAGCUGGAAUGAUGAUGAAGGAAACCAAAGAGUGCAGGACCCUCUGCCCCGCAUCUAUGGAAGCCACGGCACAUUGUGGCAGGUGUGACUUCAACUUUACCAGCCACAUUUGCACUGUGAUAAGAGGGUCUGACAAUUCCUCAGGGAAGGCAUCAGUUGAAGAAAUGUGUUCAUCUGCUGAAGAAACCAUUCAUAUAGGAAGUGUAAACACGUACUCUUACACAGAUGUAAACCUCAAGCCCUACAUGACAUAUGAGUACAGGAUUUCUGCCUGGAACAGCUAUGGGCGAGGUCUCAGCAAAGCUGUGAGAGCCAGAACAAAAGAAGAUGUGCCUCAAGGAGUGAGUCCCCCUAUGUGGACCAAAAUAGACAAUCUUGAAGAUGCAAUUGUCUUAAAUUGGAGAAAACCUAUACAAGCAAAUGGUCCUAUUAUUUACUAUGUUCUUCUUCGAAAUGGAAUUGAACGUUUUCGGGGAACAUCAUUGAGUUUCUUUGAUACAGAGGGAAUUCAACCAUUUCAGGAAUAUUCAUAUCAGCUGAAAGCUUGCACGGUUGCUGGCUGUACCACUAGUAACGAGGUAGUUGCAGCUACUACCCAAGGAGUUCCGGAAAGCAUCCUGCCACCAAGAAUCACAGCCCUAAGUGCAGAGGCUCUGCAUCUGAGCUGGAGUGUCCCUGAGAAACCAAAUGGCGUCAUUAAAGAGUACCAGAUCAGGCAGGUUGGAAAAGGUCUCAUCCACACUGACACCACUGACAGGAGGCAGCAUACGGUCACAGGUCUCCAGCCAUACACCAACUAUAGCUUCACGCUUACGGCUUGUACAUCUGCUGGGUGCACUUCAAGCGAGCCUUUUCUAGGUCAGACGCUGCAGGCAGCUCCUGAAGGAGUUUGGGCGACACCUCGACACAUUAUCAUCAAUUCUACAACAGUGGAGUUAUAUUGGAGUCUGCCAGAAAAGCCCAAUGGCCUCAUUUCUCAGUAUCAAUUGAGUCGUAAUGGAAACUUGCUUUUCCUGGGUGGUAGUGAGGAGCAGAAUUUCACUGAUAAAAACCUGCAGCCCAAUAGCAGAUACACUUACAAGUUAGAAGUCAAAACUGGAGGUGGCAGCUGUACUAGUGAUGAUUACACUGUUCAAACACCUAUGUCGACACCAGAAGAAAUUCAUCCUCCAUAUAAUAUCACAGUGAUUGGGCCUUAUUAUGUAUUUGUAGCUUGGACACCACCAGGGAUCCUCAUCCCCAAUAUUCCUGUGGAGUACAAUGUCUUACUCAAUGAUGGAAGUGUAGCACCUCUGGCUUUUCCUGUUGGUCAUCAUCAAUCUACCCUCCUGGAAAAUUUGGCUCCAUUCACACAGUAUGAGAUAAGGAUACAAGCAUGUCAAAAUGGAGGCUGUGGAGUUAGCAGUAGGAUGUUUUUCAAAACACCUGAAGCAGCCCCAAUGGAUCUUAAUUCUCCCGUUCUUAAGGCACUGGGCUCAGUUUGCAUAGAGAUUACAUGGAUGCCACCUAAAAAACCAAAUGGAAUCAUCAUCAACUACUUUAUUUACAGACGCCUUGCUGGCAUUGAAGAGGAGUCUCUUUUAUUUGCCUGGUCAGAAGGAGCCCUUGAAUUUACGGAUGAAGGAGGCACCCUGAGACCUUUCACGCUCUAUGAAUAUCGGGUCAGUGCCCGUAACUCCAGGGGUUUGGUGGAGAGUCCGUGGUCAUCAACACGAACUCUGGAAGCCCCACCUCAAGAUUUUCCAGCUCCUUGGGCUCAAGCCACCAGUGCUCAUUCAGUUCUGUUGAACUGGACAAAGCCAGAAUCUCCCAAUGGCAUUAUCUCCCAUUACCGUGUACUCUACCAGGAAAGACCCGACAAUCCAGCAUUUCACAGCCCUACCGUGCAUGCUUUCACAGUGACGGGAACAAGCCAUCAAGCCCACCUGUUCGGACUAGAACCAUUCACAACAUAUCACGUUGGUGUUGUGGCUGCAAACUAUGCAGGAGAAAUUUUAAGCCCCUGGACUCCGAUUCAAACCUUAGAAUCUUCCCCGAGUGGACUGAGAAACUUUAUCGUAGAACAGAAAGAGAAUGGCCGGGCAUUGCUGCUACAGUGGUCAGAGCCUAUGAGAACCAAUGGUGUGAUUAAGACAUACAACAUCUUCAGUGACGGGCUCCUGGAGUACGCUGGUUUAAAUCGUCAGUUUCUCUUCCGCCGCCUGGAUCCUUUCACUCUCUACACGCUGACCCUGGAGGCCUGCACCAGAGCAGGCUGUGCACACUCGGCACCCCAGCCCCUGUGGACAGAUGAAGCCCCUCCAGACUCUCAGUUGGCUCCUACUGUCCAGUCUGUGAAGUCCACCAGUGUUGAGCUGAGCUGGUCUGAGCCUGUUAACCCAAAUGGAAAAAUAAUUCGCUAUGAAGUGAUUCGCAGAUGCUUUGAAGGGAAAGCUUGGGGAAAUCAGACAAUCCAGGCCGAUGAGAAAAUUGUUUUCACAGAAUAUAACACUGAAAGGAAUACAUUUAUGUAUAGUGACACAGGUUUGCAGCCAUGGACGCAGUGUGAAUAUAAAAUCAAUGCUUGGAAUUCAGCCGGGCAUACCUAUAGCUCUUGGAAUGCGGUGAGGACAUUGCAAGCACCUCCAGAAGGUCUCUCUCCACCUGAGAUAUCCUAUGUAUCUAUGAAUCCCCACAAGCUGCUGAUUUCCUGGAUCCCACCAGAACAGCCUAAUGGUAUUAUCCAGUCCUAUAGGCUUCAAAGGAAUGAAAUGCUCUAUCCUUUCAGCUUUGAUGCUGUGACUUUCAAUUACACUGAUGAAGAGCUUCUUCCUUUUUCCACCUAUAGCUAUGCACUCCAAGCCUGCACAAGUGGAGGCUGCUCCACCAGCAAACCCAUCAGCAUCACAACUCUGGAGGCUGCUCCAUCAGGAGUCAGCCCUCCAGAUCUUUGGGCCGUCAGUGCCACUCAAGUAAAUGUGUGUUGGUCACCACCCACAGUACAAAAUGGAAAGAUCACUAAAUAUUUAAUUAUAUAUGGUAAUAAGGAGUCUCUUGCUGGCCAGGGCCUGUGCCUGCUGGUUUCCAACCUGCAGCCUUACACUCAGUAUAACUUCUCCCUUGUAGCCUGCACGAAUGGAGGUUGCACAGCUAGUGUGUCAAAAUCUGCCUGGACAAUGGAGGCCCUGCCAGAGAACAUGGACUCUCCAACAUUGCAAGUCACAGGCUCGGAAUCAAUAGAAAUCACCUGGAAACCUCCAAGAAACCCAAAUGGCCAGAUCAGAAGUUACGAACUUAGAAGGGAUGGAACCAUUGUGUAUACAGGCUUGGAAACUCGCUAUCACGAUUUUACUCUCACCCCAGGUGUGGAGUAUAGCUACACAGUAACUGCCAACAACAGCCAAGGGGGAAUUUUAAGUCCUCUUGUCAAAGAUCGAACCAGCCCCUCAGCACCCUCAGGGAUGGAACCUCCAAAAUUGCAAGCCAAGGGCCCUCAGGAGAUCUUAGUGAAUUGGGACCCUCCAGUGAGAACAAAUGGCGAUAUCAUCAACUAUACUCUCUUCAUCCGCGAACUGUUUGAAAGAGAAACUCAAAUCAUACACAUAAACACAACUCAUAAUUCUUUUGGUACGCAGUCAUACAUAGUAAACCAGCUGAAGCCAUUUCACAGGUAUGAAAUACGAAUUCAAGCGUGCACCACACUGGGAUGUGCCUCAAGUGACUGGACAUUCAUACAGACCCCUGAGAUUGCACCUCUGAUGCAACCUCCUCCACAUCUGGAGGUACAAAUGGCUCCAGGAGGAUUCCAGCCCACCAUUUCCCUUUUGUGGACAGGACCGCUUCAGCCAAAUGGAAAAGUUUUGUAUUACGAAUUAUACAGAAGACAAAUAGCAGCUCAGCCUGGAAAAUCCAAUCCAGUACUAAUCUAUAAUGGAAGCUCAACCUCUUUUAUAGAUUCCGAACUAUUGCCAUUCACAGAGUACGAGUAUCAGGUCUGGGCAGUGAAUUCUGCAGGAAAAGCCCCCAGUAGCUGGACAUGGUGCAGAACCGGGCCCGCCCCACCAGAAGGUCUCAGAGCCCCCACGUUCCAUGCGGUCUCUUCUACCCAAGCAGUGGUCAACAUCAGUGCCCCCAGGAAGCCCAACGGGAUCAUCAGUCUCUACAGGCUGUUCUCCAGCCGCGCCCAUAGGCCUGAGACAGUGCUAUCCGAAGGCAUGGCCACCCAGCAGACUCUCCAUGGCCUCCAACCCUUCACUAACUACUCCAUUGGAGUAGAGGCCUGCACCUGCUUCAACUGUUGCAGCAAAGGACCAACAGUUGAACUGAGAACCCAUCCUGCUCCACCCUCAGGACUGUCCUCUCCACAAAUUGAGACGCUGGCCUCAAGGAUGGCCUCAUUCCAGUGGAGUCCUCCCAUGUUCCCUAAUGGUGUCAUUCACAGCUAUGAGCUCCAACUCCACAUGGCUUGCCCUCCUGACUCAGCCCUCCCCUGUACUCCCAGCCAAAUAGAGACAAAAUACAUGGGGCUGGGGCAGAAAGCCAGCCUUGAAGGUCUCCAGCCCUACACCACGUACAAGCUAAGACUGGUGGCACACAACGAGGUGGGCAGCACGGCUUCCGAGUGGAUCAGCUUCACCACCCAAAAAGAAUUGCCUCAGUACCGAGCCCCAUUUUCGGUGGACAGCAAUUUGUCUCUGUUGUGUGUGAACUGGAGUGGCACUUUCCUCCUGAACGGCCCACUGAAGGAGUACGUGUUAACCGAUGGAGGGCGACGCGUGUACAGCGGCUUCGACACCACCCUCUGCAUACCGAGAACGGCAGACAAAACCUUUUUUUUCCAGGUCACCUGCACAACUGAUGAAGGAAGUGUAAAGACGCCAUUGAUCCAGUAUGACACCUCCAGUGGAUUUGGCUUGGUUCUAACCACGCCUGGAGAAAAGAAGGGAACACGGAGCAAAAGCAAAGAGCUCUACAGCGAGCUGUGGUUCAUAGUGUUAAUGGCGGUGCUGGGCUUAAUCUUGCUGGCCGUUUUUCUGUCCCUGAUACUACAAAGAAAAAUCCACAAAGAGCCGUAUAUCAGAGAGAGACCUCCCUUGGUACCUCUUCGGAAGAGGAUGUCUCCAUUGAAUGUCUACCCACCAGGGGAAAACCAUAUGGGAUUAGCCGAUACCCAAAUUCCCCGGUCUGGGACACCUCUGAGUAUCCACAGCAACCGGAGCUCGUGUGUCCUGCGCAUUCCGAGUCAAAGCCAAAACAGCCUAACCUUCUCCCAGGGCUCUCUCCACCGCAGCGUCAGCCAGCUCAUGGACAUUCAAGACAAGAAAGUCUUGAUGGACAACUCGCUGUGGGAAGCCAUCAUGGGCCACAACAGUGGACUGUAUGUGGAUGAAGAGGACCUGAUGAACGCCAUCAAGGGUUUCAGCUCAGUGACUAAGGAACACACCACAUUUACCGACACCCACCUGUAAAGGAUGAAAACCCGGAAGAUGUAACCCUGGAAGGCAAGCUCUGUACCCCAUUCCUCCUGGGUUAUCACUGACACAUCAUAAAUGCUGAAAAGCCAUGGUUUACUUUCCUAUAUUUUAAAGAAAUGAUGACUGUUUUUGAAAGAGUUCCUUCCUAAUAGAGCUCUAAGAAAUGCUAUUUUUCUGGUUGUCUAAAAUGAGAGGUAAUAUUCAUAUGAAAAUACUUGGUUUGCUCUUAUUUUGUGGAAGACAGAGGAGUAUGUAAUUGUCACUUGGCUCUGUUUGGCAGUGAAGUUAAUAGUUAAAUAAUCAGUGACAAUUUCAGGAUGGUCCACAGUUGUUAGAAGUAGUAAGUUAGCUGCUGGUUCAAAAACUAAAUGGUUCUAUUGAAAGGAUGUCACUGCUGUUCAUUUCUAUCUGCCAUUUCUGUCAGGAUUGACACAAUCCUGCAAGAAUAGUGAUUCUAAUGAUCACAAUUGCUAAAUGAAAUCCCAAACUUUGCACCAGGUCUACAUACCAUUUAUUUACAAUACAUAGGAUUACUCACAAAACUUCUUGACAAGGCAACACAUAACUUACAUAUACAUGCCUCUGUUCUCACAUUUAUGAAUUUUCCAAAAAUCUAAGGAGUAAACAGCUUAUUCAUACAUUUUGAAGAGAAAACAGUGUUUCAAUAGGAACACUUCUACUUGAACCAAUGUUUUUAUUUCACAUAUUUUAUAGUUUUGAAACUCCAGUUUCUCAUAAAAUUCUGUCAGUUCACCGAGUAUCAGAAAAUACUGACAUCUUCAACUUAGCACAUCAAGUAGAAACUACUGUUCUAUUUGCAAUAUUUAAUUAGGCCACAUGACAUUUUAAAAGGAAAAAUGUAUCUUCCUUCUAGCAUCAACAUAUAUACUUGUAAAAAUAAGACUAUCCCUAUGUGUAUAUAUGUAUAUCAUGUAUACAUUAUUUUGCACUAUGUCCCUUCUUUUUGGAGAACUACCCAUUAUUUUAGCCACAGAUCAGUAAGAACAGAUGAUACACAACAGUACCAAUUCUAUGGUU